UGGUCAGGGUAGGGGCUUCGUGACGGUUGGGUGUGGUCCAGCGUCCGAGAGCCCCAGCUUCAUUGUGAAAUGUGGGUACAAGGCAAGGGUGGGGGUAUCUGGCUACCUCCACCCUUGUCUCUCCGACUCAGGUCAGUCUGCUGCAGGAUGAAUGGGGACGUUAGUGGCAGUAGAGGGUGUGGGGGCGGGGCUGACCCAGCGCUCCCCCUCCCUUAGGCGGACUUGGGGGAAGGCAUCCAAGCAUCCCCCAUCUUGCUGGGCUCAACUGAGAGGCAGAGGGAGGUGGUGGGAUUCACAGUACUCCCUCCUUGGCAGCCCCCAUGGGCUGGUGUGCGGUCCUGAGACUGGGGGUGGGAGGUGAACUCCUAGGGGCAAUUUGGGCAUGCCCUGCCUGGAGGGUUCUCCCCGGAUGCCCACCCAGGCUGUCCUGUUGAUGUCCACCGUGCCGCAGGCUGCACACACGUUUCCUUGCACGUGGCUGUGUCUACAGGGCUGCACACUGCAUGUGCACUUGCAUACCAGGCUGCCCUAGUGUGCACGUGCACACACACACACUUUGGGUGCACAUCUGUGUCCUUGCCCCCGCCUGUACGCCCACGGUCACAUGCAUGCACAUAGCAUGCCUGCUGUGGUCUCCACACUGGCACAUGUUGGGGCCCCUCAGUGGAAAUCACUCCCUGCUCCUACAUGCACAUGUGUUGAGGGGGAGGUUCUGGGCAGCCAGAGCUCACAGAUAUAAGGGUGAGAAACCCUGCUCCAAGAGCCUGGCCCCACCUCCAUCUGCCUGCCCUGUGUCCUGUGAGUCUCCCCUUCACAUCCCCUGGAGCCUCUGUGUGUGUGUGUGCACGUGUGUGUGCACGUUGCUUCUUUUUGCGUGUCCCUGUGUGCCUGUGGGCACAUUUGCAUGAGUCUCUUUGUUUCUGGCUAUGGGAGCCCUUAUGUGCCCAGGGGGACUGUGUCCAGGUUCUGCAGGAAUCUAGCAGAGGCCCUUGGAAUGUGUUUGGGGGGGCUUAGUUCAGUGCCCCCAGGCCAGAGUGUGAGCCACUCCUCGCCUCUCCUAUGCUGGUGUAAUAGUGGCCAGUGGGGUCUGGAACCCACUCAGGUAGGGAAGGCCCAUUUUAAACCUUAAGGUCAAUACCGUGACAAACAGGUGAGCCUCAUGGCAUACUUGUCAGCUGCUGCUCGGCCCAACCCAGGGCAAGAGUGUGCCCCCCACAAGGCUGAUCCAGAGUGACCUCAGGAUCAGGUUGCAGGUAUUUUAGCUUCUCCAUGGUGGCAUUCUUCUUUGAGGAGGGGUACCUUGGUAUGUCACCUGCCUCAGGGACUGUGUGGGGUACUGAGGUAAGACUGUUGGUACCCACUCUUCCUGUGGUGAGGAAACCCCCAAAAUGAAACUCAAAGAAGUCAGGCCACACUGCCUGAACUCCUGCCACCAUCAGUGCCUAUGGAGACAAGUGUCCCUAUAGUGUUCAGGGGUGAAACAGGGCAGGCCAGAGGUAGGUCCCUUGACAGGAUGAACAGUGGGACUGAGCAUUCUGUUUUAAACCUCAGUCUUUCCAUCGGUAAAGCAGGUGUCAUCCGCCCUCCCAUUCCAUUCGGGAUAAAGAGAGCUGCCAUUCAAGAGGCUGUGCCAGCGGUGCUCAGCACCCCACUCUACCUGGCAGAGGGCCAUUCACAGACUCUGGCUUCUGGGUGUGGGAUGGCCAGAGAACAGUGACCUGGAUCUAGGUCUUGGUCAAUCUAUCGCUAGCAGAGUGACCUUGGGAGGGACAGUCACAACUCCAUGCCUACAAGGGGCAGUUUUCAGACCACCCUGAAGGAUAGUUGGGAGCACUUCAGGGCCGAAGCCCAUGGAAUUCUGAGCCCAGUGUUUCUGCCUUCAAAACUCCCAAAUACCAUGUCCCUUCCCCGUCAGCAUUUCCCACUGCAGAGAAAUCUUCUCAGACCCUUUACAUUAGCACCCAGACCCCUUCCUCCUACUCCCUGCAAACAAAGAAAUAAAGGCCUGUGGAGGCCACAGAGGAGUUGGAGUGGAACAGACCAAGAUGGGCCAGGAGGGAGAAAAGGCACUGUGGGAGUAUGGAGGUGGCCACCACUGUGUUUUCCAAACUGGGGAGCAUCCCGCUCUGCCCAUCACCAGCAAGGAGCCUGCAGAAACCUGAGCCCCGGAUUCCCCAUGUGAGGAUUUACUUUCAGUGUACAAAGAGCCCUUCAGUUAGGAUGGUCCUCUUCUAUGCUGGUAGGGAGGUAGGGAGAGGGCUGAGGGAGGAGAACCUGGUCUAGUGGGUCUCAACUAGCAAGAGGGCUUGUUGGGGGGUCUGCAGAAGACAUGUUGGGCUGGGACUCUGGAAAGUGGGAGACAAAGUCCUGGGAGGCUGAAGGCUGCAGUGCUGAGGAUUGUUUGCUAUUGUUCUUUGCUAGUGAGAGACUUUAAGAGGCCAGAAAUGUGAUGUAGAGCUUCCUCCACAUUGUCUCAACCCAGCCUUGGGCCAGAAGAUCUUCCCUGUCCUGUCUCACCCAGUGUCUCCCUGACAUUGGCCUCCCUCCCUCCCUCCUUGCCUUGGCCUUGAAUUCAUGGCUUUGUUCGUGGAUCCUUUCAGCAGCUGCCACAGCACCGGGAGGGUCCCAGUUGGUGGAAGCAGAGGGAACCCACCCCCAGUGCUGCCUUUCUUGCUGCCCAGGGUAAGAGGCCUAAAGGUCUCCACAGUGUCGCAGUAUGUGCACCAAGAGAAAGGGUCAGAUGAACUGAGCAUGAAGAAAGAGUUCUAUGAUGAAUAAAUGAGCGAGUGUGUCAGGGAAUGAGUGUGAGUUAUUGUCCACUCCUAAGCUGGCCCUGCCUUGGGAUUCCUGAGGGUUCCUGGCUCUUGGCUGUGCCUGGCUCUUGUGCUGCCCUAUUGCCAACCUGGUGGGUCCUGAUGUCUGACUCUCAGGCAGGGCUGCAUGGGCCCCUGGCCACCCAGGGUCUGGUGGGACUCCAGAGCAGCCAGCUGCUCAUCUGCCCUUGUGGUUUUGCAGCAGCACCCACCCCCACCCACACAUGCAGCCUCUGCACCUGUAUGGCCUUCAUCCUGUGGUCUGACUGAUCCCAGCAACUCAGUCCAGACACAUUUGCUCACGCACUGACUCACUCAUUCAUUCAUUCAUUCAUUCAUUUCUCCCUAGCCUGUCAGACCCUUCUCUGAGCGAAGCAGAUAAAAGGAUGUGGCCAUUGCUUUCCUUGGUUUAUAGGACUUGGUGCUUUGGAGGACAGGCAGUCAUGGGGCCACAGACGCAAGUAGGCCAGAGGGUAGGCACACCAUCUGUACCACAGCAUCACCUGCAGUCACUGGAAUGGGGCAGGUCCCACCAUACAGGGUGCUUUGUGAUACUCUUCUUUCUUUUGUCUGGAACAAUUCUUGUGCAUGAUUUUGUGCGUAGAACCCCUUUUGGAGAAUGUGCCAUCAUUUACCUUCCACACCUGCCCCCCGAUCUUUCACAGGGCCCUUGGAUUAUGGGGCUGGACAGCAGGAUGUGCUCAGCACAUGCCUUCUGUGUCCUCAGCAGAGGCCCAGCAGGUCUGGGAGCACGGUUACAUGGUACCCGUGACUCAGAGGUGGGGCCCGGUCCCAACCCCUCCCAAUCUUUUAUGGUAGAGUUCUGAGGGUCUCUUCUCUCUGGGGCCUGGAGAGGAGUUUCUUGCUGGCGGUGACUGCAGUCUGCUUCCAGGCACUGAUCAGGAUCAAGGCUGAGAAUUGCUACGCAGUUGGUGUUCUCCUCCCCUCACCCCCAGCUCUUCCACUCCUUCAUGUAACCUCUGCCCUGGCCCUCCCAGUGCCGGCAGCCUUAUCUCCACUCGGACCUCAAGACCUUGCCUGCUGGUCUUGAUGGAGGAUGGGGCAAUGGCAGCACCAUCCUGCAGCCAUGCCCCCCAACCUCUACCCCAGGACAAUGCAGCCAGACCAAGGAUGUGAAGUGAAAAGGCGAAGCUGUAGGCCAUGGGGAGGUUGGGAGGUGUUGCUCUGGCAGAGACCAGGGACCCUGGUUAGCUCAGGUGGGCAGGUGCUGAGCCCUGUUUGGGCCCUGGCUCAUGGAACUGGACUGAUGGUGAGACAGGGAGCCCCAGAAAGAGGGGCUCCGUGGGACUGAAACUCCAUGGAGUGGUAGUAGAUUGAACAAGAGUUUUUUGGUCACAUUUGGGACAAGCUGGGUUAAAUGGUGCUGAUGGAGCUCUUACGACAGGGGGUUUGGGGGCCUUGGGUCUGUAAGCAAUAUGGGCAGGGCCUCUCUGAUAGCCCCCUGUUAUUAUGAUGCAACACACUUUAGGUCCUGGUCCACCCAGGAACCAGUGUUGGAAAUCUAUGGUUUUGGUACGUUGGAGAGCCUGGAAGGGGGACCUUCAGGCCCCCAGCAAGGACCCGCAGGCAUGGGCUAACCAUCCCACACAUACCCUGCACACAUGAUACCUGGUGGGUGGAAGGGCCACACUUCUGGCAGUGUGAAGCAAUGUGCAAAUUUAACCUUUGGGUUUAUGACUCUAUUUCUUUGCAGCAAAUGUCACGGGAAAUGUCAGGCUGAGGCUGAAGCUGGUGAGGAGCCCAUCGAGGAAGGGUGUGGAGUGCUGAGGGGCUCAGGCCAAGGGAGCCAGCUGCUGGCCUGGGUGCUGUGGCUACAGGCAUGGAGAGUGGCAGCACCAUGCCCGGGAGCCUGUGUAUGCUACAAUGAGCCCAAGGUGACAACAAGCUGCCCGCAGCAGGGCCUUCAGACCGUGCCCGUUGACAUCCCAGCCGCCAGCCAGCGUGUCUUCCUGCAUGGCAACCACAUUGCACAUGUGCCGGCUGCGGGCUUCCGUGCCUGCCGCAACCUCACCAUCCUGUGGCUGCACUCAAAUGCGCUGGCCCGAAUUGAUGCUGCUGCCUUCACUGGUUUGGCCCUUCUUGAGCAGCUGGACCUCAGUGACAACGCACAGCUACAUGCUGUGGACCCCGCAACAUUCCGUGGCCUGGGCCGCCUACACACACUGCAUCUGGACCGCUGUGGCCUACAGGAACUGGGCCCCGGGCUGUUCCAUGGCCUCACUGCCCUGCAGUACCUGUACCUGCAGGACAAUGGGCUGCAGGCUCUGCCUGACGAUGCCUUUCGAGACCUGGGCAACCUCACUCACCUCUUCCUGCAUGGCAACCGCAUCCUCAGUGUGCCUGAGCGCGCCUUCCGUGGCUUGCACAGCCUUGACCGCUUGCUGCUGCACCAGAACCGCGUGGCCCACGUGCACCCACACGCCUUUCGUGACCUUGGCCGCCUCAUGACGCUCUACUUAUUUGCCAACAACCUCUCAGCACUGCCCUCAGAGGCCCUGGCACCCCUGCGCACUCUGCAGUACCUGCGGCUCAACGACAACCCUUGGGUAUGUGACUGCCGGGCACGCCCGCUCUGGGCCUGGCUGCAACAGUUCCGUGGCUCCUCAUCCGAGGUGCCCUGCAGCCUACCCCUGCGCCUGGCUGGGCAUGACCUCAAGCGCCUGGCUGCCAGUGACCUGGAGGGCUGUGUAGUUGCCGCAGGGCCCUUCCGUCCCAUCCGGACCAGCGGGCCUGCCGAUGAGGAGGUGCUGCGGCUGCCCAAGUGUUGCCAACCGGAUGCGGCAGACAAGGCCUCAGUGCUGGAAGGCAGGAGCCCAGCUUCAGCAGGCAACUCACUUAAGGGACGUGUGCCAUCUGGCGACAACCCACCCAGCAACGGCUCUGGCCCACGGCACAUCAAUGACUCUCCCUUUGGGACCCUGCCUGGCUCAGCCGAGCCCCCUCUGAGCGCUCUGCUGCCUGAGGGCCCCGAACCACCAGGAUCCCCCACCAUGGGCCCUCGAAGGAGGCCAGGCUGUUCCCGCAAGAACCGCACCCGCAGCCAAUGCCGUCUGGGCCAAGCAGGCAGUGGGGGUGGAGCAGCCAGCGAUGCAGAGGGCUCCAGCGCCCUGCCCAGCCUCUCCUGCAGGUUCACUUCCCUGGGCAUCUCGCUGGUGCUGUGGAUGGUGCUCAGGCCCUGCUGACCAACCACCAAGAUCUCAAAGCCUCUGUCAGAGGCCAGGUGUGUGUACAUAUGAUGUCCCCUCCACACCACCAGCCAGCGUCGGGCAACAGUCCCUGAUGGUCAGCCAGGCCCUUGCUGACUGACACCUCCUGCCCACCCCUCCCAUCUCCACCCCAUCAUGUUUACAGGGUGUGGUGGUAGCGUUUGUUCCAGAACGCAGCCUCCCGCUCAGAUCUCAAAAUAUAGAGAGAUGCAUUUUAUUUUACUUGUGUAAAAAUAUUGGACGACAUGGAAUAAAGAGCUCUUUUCUUAAUCUGUUACUUCUCAGGCUAGGGGUGCUGGAGGUGAUGAGGUGAGUCCUUGGAGGUGCAGGCCCUGCUCCAGUCAUGGGCACAUGGAGGCCCCAAAAGAGAAUGGAGCUGCUUGCCACAUAGGUGGGGCAGCCUGAGCUACGGGCAGCUC